ACGUCCACAUCUUUCUCAAGUCCGUAAUUUGUUCGUGCCGUUUAGUUCAACGGAAAGUCGGACGGAGGUCUUACCGACGUAAAUCAUCCUGCAACGAGUUUUGCGUAAACGGAAUACAUUUGUGUUAGGCCUUGGGAACGUAGGUUCAUAUAAGUAGUUGCAGAUAAUACGAAAUAUACAAUUCUAAGUACAGAAAAAUGAACCUGGUAACGUUCGGGCUCAUCUUGAUCUGCUGCAACGCAUGGGCAGCGAAGAUAAAACCUAAAGACUUAGCAUAUGCGGAUAUCAAGCUAGAUGAGUUUCUCAAGAAGUUAAGAACUAUAUUAAAGACCGGAGACGAGGCACUCGGAAUUCCGGUUCUCGAUCCAUACCACGGGGACCUCCCACAGCUCAAGCUAACCGAGGGCACAAUAACAUUGGAUGCGAACUUGACGAAUAUGAAUGCAUACGGUUUGUCCGCGUUUGAGAUUAUCAACGGUGUCGCCACGUUAUUCCCGCCUACUUUAAGUCUUCAUCUUUCUUGGCCAUUGGUAUCCCUAGAUACCGAUUAUUCUUUGAAUGCUAAAUUCGACACCUUUAAUAUUUACGGCAAGGGUACAGUAAGAAUGUCCGCGAGAGGUUUCGGUUUUGAUACGAACUUAAAUAUGACAUUGGAAGGCGGGAUAUUCGACGGACACGUGCAAAUAGAGGACAUGAUAUUGAAACUUUCUUUAUCAUCGCUAGAUUUGAAAGUGACAGGUCUUUUUAACGACGAUAACUUGUCCGCAAUACUGAGUGCUGUGAUUUCCGAUAUGGCACCUGAGAUGGUCACAGAUGAUACGUUGGUACAGGAGAUCAUUAAUUUUGGGAAAAAGAAUCUUAACGCUUUCUUAUGCACUAAGACAGUUUCUGAAUUACUGAAAUUGCUAAAUCCAUAGUCGAGCACUGAAGCUUUUCGCCAUAUUAACGUCGUUAUUAUCUAAUCGGUCGUUUGUACGGUUACGAUCAAACCGACGAAACGAUAUAGAUUGACUAAAAAUAUAAAUAGGCUAUUAAAGGUUAGGGCGAAAUAAAUAUGUUCCGGCGAGAACAUACUUAUGUCAUUAAUCUAUCAAAAUGAGCGCGAGUUUUACUAAACAAAUUAGUUAAAAUUCGUUCUCCGAAACGACCUUUUAUCUAUCUGGAAUGCUUUAAUGUUGGUGUAUUAAGAUAUUAAAUAUUUCAUAUGUACAAUAUACAUAUUUCUGCGACAAAUAGUAUAUUGAUUUAUCCUGAUCUGUUCUAGCUUAUUUAUUUUAAAGAAAUGAGUAAAGCAGACUGUUGUACAGCAGAAUGUUGUAUCUUUUUAACAUUUAUGUAUAUAUACAUUUAUAUAUAUUUUACGUAUAUUUUAGGCUACUUUGUAAUACGUCUGUUAAUUCGAAUUUAAAUAAAAUACAAACUUACACUUGCA